AUGUGGGCUAAGGUCUUCGAAUACGAGUCCGCCAUAUGGCGAGCUCGCUUUGCUAAACACUAUGACCUGGCGCCGGGAAGACCUUCCAGGGAGUUGAUGCUCGAAUACCAGAUCCGUGCCAUCGUGUUGAGCGCUCCAAUCCAAUUCAAAGAUGAGGAAGAUGAUCGUCAAUACCUCUGGAUGGAGGUUAUGCAGACUAUGCUCGAGGAAUAUCUGAAGAUACCCAUCGCUGUUGGAGAGAUAUCAAAGACCCUGCGAAGUAUCCGUGAGACCCUGAGGGGGGUAGAAUUUCUAAGCCAGUUUCAAAAAGAAAGAACUUCCUCGCAACUAUUUUAUGCUCUCCAGUUGUGCCUAACUUCGUUUGCUCUCGACCCAACCAUCACCGAGCCUUGUCGUCGAACCGACUACGACAUCAGACAAGUCUAUUCAUAUGAAGAAAGGGUGGGUGGGGCAUUCAUCGACCACGAUGAACUUGAUCUCGCAAAACUGCUGAACUUGCGCAAUUUCUGGCAACGUCACUUUCUGAACGCAUCUGAGCUUACCUAUCAAGAAUCCUUCUCUGGGAUGCCCGAAGAGCUGAAGCCAAAGACGCGAAAGGAUAAUCUAGCCGAGAUAUCCAAACUAAGCCCAUCGUGGCUAGGAUACUAUUCAUGCAUGCAUCCGCUGUCAGAUCUGUGCAGACUCGACGAGCGCCAGACAUGCGCCGAUCUUGAGACACAUGGGGACUCAAUCGACGUAAUGACCCUCGACCUUCAACCCUCCCCCGAAAAGUUCUGGCCCGAGCAAUGCAGCAAGCUCAUCCCUCUCGCUAGUCGUCCGGACAUUAACCGGAUAUAUUUCGAUGGCAGGCAGAGAGCCUACGGGGCCGCCUAUGAGGCAGGGAACUAUGUGUUCGGGUUUACCGAAGAGAUUGCUGUCCCCCAUGGGGGCUUUGAGGGAUGGACCCGGAUCUGUUUCACCAUCGUUGAGGUAGAUGACGAAGAAGAUGAAAUGCCUCCCUCCCCUGCGAUGGACGGCGAGGGCUGGAUCCAUGGAUAUGAGGCUGUCAUCAUCCCCGGUGGCCGCAUUAUGCUGGGACGAUGGGUGGAUCUGAAGGAGCCAGAGACUAGAGGCCCAUUCAUCUUCUGGGACGUGUGA